AAGCAAUCGGUCUUUUUUAAACCGUGCCUAAAUUCGAUCCGAUUAUGUUAGGCAUUCUCCCACGCUUCUAGAACUAUGAUCAACUUUCUAUUGGGAUUGCCAUCACUCGAUCUUUUAUCAGUCGAUCUUAUAUCGCGUGCAUCGCAGAUCGCCUAUUCACUACCUAAUGCCAAACAAAGAUUGCUACAGUAUAAUGGUUUCACUGGUGAUCGCGACUUUUUAGAAAGUCUGGCGACGUUUUUGACAAAAGCAUACAAUGACACAGUAAAGGUGGAACACCUGUGUUCGUCUCCAGGGGCAUCCUUGAUGCUUGAGCAUAUGCUUACGAUGCUGACAAGACCCCAGACGGUUACCCGGUUUGCGUUCUUCCAAAACCCCACAUACCAUUUCGUGUUCAGAAUAUUUCAAGAAUGCGGGUUUUCGACGGAUCAAUUUGUCGGUAUUCCAGAGGACUGCGACGGACUUGACGUGGAUUAUUUGGAAACCUUUAUCAAAGAACAUUUUGAACAUGAUGAUGGCAGUAGUACCCGCGACAACAGCCAUGGUGACUUUUAUGACGCGGUGCUGUAUUGUGUGCCCACCCAUGCCAAUCCCUCCUCCUCCAUCUUAUCCAAAGAACGGCGGGAAAAGCUCGUGACGCUCGCAAAACAGUAUAACGUUCUGAUUAUAUGCGACGAUGUGUACGAUCUUUUAACGUAUCAAGGCGUCGCUCCGCAACGUUUAGUCGCUUAUGAUUUCGCAUCAAAGUCCGACCGACCCGUAGUCAUUAGCAAUUGUUCUUUCUCAAAAAUCUUGGCACCUGGUCUUCGAGUGGGUUGGGUCGAGGCCCAAGAAGCAUUGGUGAAGCGUCUUGGCUUGAGGUAAGAGAGAAGAACGCUAAAAAAGGAGGGAUGGCGAAUACUUGUUCUUGCUGCUACA